GCCCGGGGCAGGUUCCACGGGGAGGAGGAGAGAGAGGGAGGGCUCUGGGAGGCUGGGACACGGGCAGGGUGCGGUCCUGGCGGUUCCCGGUCCCGGAUCUCUUCAAUUUCCCCUCUCACUCCUGCCCGGGGAGCGGAGGCAGCGGCGGCUCCGGCUCCGGCUCCAGCCCCGCCGCGCUGACCGCCGAGGCGCAAACCGCGGAGGGCUCCGGCAGCGCCGAGCCCCGCGCCCCGCGCCCCGCAAGCGGCCGCUCGCCUGCCAAAACAAACGGCCCUUCGCUAUUUAUUGCCGCCGCCGAGCCACAGCAGCUCAGAGCGGGCCGACGCCAGCCCGCCGCACCGGGCAGCCGGAGCGCACCCGCGCCGGGCAGCCGCCGCGCCCCGCCGUCGCCGGCACCGGCACCUGCCCGCCGGCUGCGCGCCGCAUGGGGAGCCCCGGGGCGGGCGGCGGGAGCGACGGCCGAGCCUAGCGGGGAACCCGGAGCCGCCGGUGCCCCGGGCCGCCCCGGGGCCGCCGGGCGCGCCAUGAAGCCGGCGCGGCUGCUGCUGCUGCUGAGCGGGUGCGCGCUGCUACUGGCGCCGGCCGUGCGCGGCUGCGGGCCGGGCAGGGUGGUGGGCAGCCGCCGCCGCCCGCCCCGCAAGCUCAUCCCGCUCGCCUACAAGCAGUUCAGCCCCAACGUCCCCGAGAAGACGCUGGGGGCCAGCGGCCGCUACGAGGGCAAGAUCGCGCGUAACUCGGAGCGCUUCAAGGAGCUCACGCCCAACUACAACCCCGACAUCAUCUUCAAGGACGAGGAGAAUACCGGCGCCGACCGGCUUAUGACCCAGCGCUGCAAGGACCGCUUGAACUCCCUGGCCAUCUCUGUCAUGAAUCAGUGGCCAGGGGUGAAGCUGAGGGUGACAGAAGGCUGGGAUGAGGAUGGGCACCACUCAGAGGAGUCACUGCAUUACGAGGGCCGAGCUGUGGACAUCACAACCUCAGACAGGGACCGCAACAAGUACGGCAUGCUGGCUCGCCUGGCUGUGGAGGCUGGUUUUGACUGGGUCUACUACGAGUCCAAAGCACACAUCCACUGCUCUGUCAAGUCAGAGCACUCGGCCGCUGCGAAGACAGGGGGCUGCUUUCCUGGGAGGGCACUGGCAACGCUGGAGGACGGUGCCCAGACACCACUGUGGGCACUGCGGCCGGGCCAGCGAGUGCUGGCAAUGGACGGGGCGGGCAGGCCCACCUACAGUGACUUCUUGGCUUUCCUGGACAAGGAGCCCCGUGCCCUCACCACCUUCCAUGUCAUCGAGACGCAGGAGCCGCCCCGGCGCCUGGUCCUGACGCCCACCCACCUGCUCUUUGUGGCAGAGAACGCUUCAGCACCCACCGCCCACUUCCGCCCCAUCUUUGCCAGCCUUGUGCGCCCUGGACAUUUCGUGCUGGUGGCCGCAGGGGGAGGCAGCUUGCAGCCUGCCAAAGUGGUGGGGGUGCGGGACCGGAGGGACGUGGGAGCUUAUGCCCCGCUGACACGCCAUGGGACACUGGUGGUGGAUGGUGUGGUGGCCUCCUGCUUCGCCCUGGUGCAGGAGCAACAGCUGGCACAGCUGGCCUUCUGGCCACUCCGGCUCUACCACAGCCUGGUGGGGUGUCCAGAGGCACAGGGUGAUGGUGUGCACUGGUACUCAGGGCUGCUCUACCGCCUGGGCAGGCUGCUCCUGCCCCCCGACAGCUUCCACCCACUGGGGGUACCCCGGGCGGAGAGCUGAGGGUGCACCACAGCUGCGGCCAGCACUGCUGGUGGAGGUGGUGGCUGCAGGGUGACUCACUGGGGGCCAGCAUCCCCUCCCAAACCUGGAUGCCCAUGGGGAGCUGCCUCCAGCCCUGCCUGCUUGGGGUACAGCCACCUCCUGGUCAGGGGGCACUGAGGCUCCCCGGCUUGCCUACUCCAUGCCCAACCCCCCUCCCCUCCUGUUUCUGGGGGCAGGGGGGAGGCAGGAAGGGCUUCCCCUGGGACAGGGGGAUGCCCCAGCUGGAUCCACAUGCUGCUAUGUGUGUGUGUGUGUGUGUGUGUGUGUGUGAGAUGUGUGUGUGCAUGGGCUGAAUUAGCUAAUGAUGGAGGUCUGAUCAAGGAGUGGGGCCUGCAAGAGAGAGCCGUGGCUGCUACUCCAGGACUCCCAGACCAUCUGCACCCAGGGGGGAGGCUUUGGGAGAGGGGCCUUGGGCCCCUUUCCUAGGCAACCUGGGUGGGAGGGCAGGCAAUGCUGUUUCCACCUCUGGGACAUGGUAGAUAGCAAGACGGUGGUCCAGGUACUGGGACAGCUCUGGCGUGAGAGCUCUGUCUUGGUGACACAAGUGCCACUGGAGUGAUAGACUGGGGAGUGGGAUGUCAAACUCUGCAAAGCGAGCACUGUAGCCACCCAGUUGGUCAUGCCCAUGGGGCUCCUGUGACAGCAUGGAGGGCUUUGGCUGCAAAGAUGGGUCUGUGGAGGCAAGCACAUGGGCAGGAGGCUGCAAGUGUCAGCCAGAUAUGGGCACACACUAGUAGGAGUAGGGGUGGGGAGAGCAAGGGCUGCAGCCCCAGUCUGCUGGAGCCUGGGGAAAGAAAGCGGCAGGGAAGACAGCAGUCCCUCCCUUGCCUUCCCAGCAUCCUGCCCUGAGCUGGCUUAGCCCAAAAGCCUGUCCCACGGCAAAGCUAAAAAAACUCCUCAAGCUUCAGACCCUGCCUGGCCUGACCUCCACAACCCACCAGUACCCCAAAGCCUCAGGGUAACUCAUUGCUGCUCACCCACUCCUGGGACCUGCAGGGAGUUAGAGCUGCGGCCACAGUUCCCCCCCUCCAAAUCCUAGCUGGAGCCUCAGCCUCCCCUAGCUCCACAUUAGCAAAGGUGAGAGGGCUGAGGGGGACUCUGACCCACAUUCCCCCUGCAGCAUCACGCGUCUUUAUUUAUUUAUCUGCUCUUUGUAUGUACCAUAGAGGCAGCGUGGGCGCAUGCAGGCUGAGAUGGGAGUGGUGGGGGGAAAGCUGUUUGGUUGGGGGGUAAUUUUUUUUUAAACAAAAAGCAGAAAUUAUUUAAAGAUUAUUUUAAAGCACAGCUUUUUUGGUGAUUGUUGUCCAAGACGAAGUGAGGGAGUGUGAGCAUGGCCGACAGCAGGUGUAUUUUUGUCUCUUCACUGGAUGUACCUUUCCUUAUUAGGGACACGGCCCAAUAAAUCCAUCAUCUCCCAGGAGGGAGCUCUGAGCUCUGGUGUGGAGAGGGCAGGCAGAGAUCGGGGAUGCUUAAUGUGCCCAUCAUAGCUGGAGGCUGUGGGUUUGACCAAACUGUUAUUGAGGCCACCUGGAAACUAGAGCAAGAGGAGUAGGAUGUAAUAGGUAUGGCCAAUGCAGGACUACCAGGACACCUCUCUAUCCCAGUUUGGACCCAUCACCCCAGCAUCCAUCCGUGCUGGGACACCUUUCCCCACCAUUCCUAUCACCGCUACACCCACCAACCCAGUCCUACCAGAGAAGAUGCACCCCAUACCCUGUAGACAGGGUUUCCGAUGUCACUAGUGCUAGUCACUGCUGACUGUCCCCUCACCCUCUGCCAGCCCUCUCGCCCCUCUACCACAUCCCCAUGCCAGCAGAAGGGAAGAUCACCAGCCAGCACCCCACAGUGUAUCCCCAUACCUGUCCCACCCACACACCCUUCUGUGCACCCCCUGCCCCAUCUCCAAGCUGCCCUGCCUUGGUAUCUUGGGUGGGGCUGGGAGCGAAGUCCCCUCAGGGCUUUCCCUGGACCCCACAGCAUGGUAAGUGCUAAGCAAUUCCACAGCAGGCUGUCAGUGAGGGCCCUCAUCACCAUGGCUAAUUUAAGGGCACUGCGAGGCGGCUUAGCUAAUUUAAUUAGGUUCUUAUUACAAAGAAGGACAAAUUGGUCCCUGUGGGGGCCAUGGGGUCAGGCUUUUGAGAGGCACUUUAUGGAGUGAAAUUUCAAUCAAGUUGUCGUCGCAGACAGGGGGAACUGGAGGCAGAGGAUUCAUAGGGAGACGAUAUGCUCUUUGGGGGGCCUGGUGGUGGUGUGGGGCAAUCAUCUCCAUGCUCCAGUGAGCACGUCAGAAGAACUCUGCUGCAUUAGGAGGAUGCUGCAGGGUAUAUGGGGGCUCCUUUGGGGUGGAGGCAGGAAAAGUGGGGCAGGAAAAGCUCCUGGCUCUCAGCUGGCCCCAGGGCAGCGAGAGGAAGAGUGGGACAUCCUUAAGUAAGAUUCUGCAGUCUUUCUGAGGCUCCAUUAACUCCUCCAUAGCCCCAUAACCCCCCAUGGUGAGGAUGUUGAGGGCAAAAUGAUGUCCAGCUGAUAGAUGAGACAUAUGGGGGUCUCUUCCUUGCCUGGAUGUCCUCCCCUCUCUUGUCAGUCAGCCCCAGGAGAGCCAGGACAGCCUGGGGGCUGCCCCACUGCCCGUGGGCACCUGAAGCAGCCCCAUCUCCCAGCAUGCCAGUUCUGGGCGGGUCCCAGCACCACCAACCAUCCCAGCUGGGCAGUGAUGGAUGGGGAUGCUGGUGGGUGGCCGGCAGAAGGGCCGGGCUGGAGAGUCCAACAAUGGAUGUCUCUCCAUCAAUUUGUCCUCAUUUCCAUGUGAAUGGUGGGCGGGAUGGAGAGGAAGGGCAUGUGGCCCAGGAGAAACCCCCCACAUGCUCCCAUCUGGGGUAGCAUGUUCCCCCUUCCCAUCCCUCCAACCCUGUCUGAGCAUGUUAAACCAUCUUCGACACCCCUCGGGCCUCUAAUUCAGGAGAAGAGAGGUACCACCCUCUAUUCAGAGCCUUGAAAAGGCUACAGGGUCUGGCGCUGUUAACAAGGGGGGACAUGGUCCCUGUCCCCGCCUCUCCCGUCUGUCCCUUGCCCCAUGGCCUUCUGCUGUGGCAGCACAAGCCAAACCUGCUCCCAGCUCCAGGCUGGCAUGCUAAGCGCCAGGAUCCCGGCAAAGGAGCAGCAGGGAGGCACUGGGGCUUGAAGAGAGGGAGCAGAGCGCCCUAAGUGCCACUGUUUGUGGCAGUUUUGGGCAGCACAGGCAGGGAGAGAGCAGAGUGGGAUCCUGUGGGUCUUCAAGGCCAAACCUGCCCCUCCGGGCAUGGCAGUGGUAUGUCUCCAACGUCCCUGAGCUCUGGGUCCAACCAGGUCCCCAUGGCCUGGGCAGUGAUGAUGAUGGGAGGUGGGGGGUCACCCUGAAAUAUUUGUACCUGCAGGCAUCAGUACAGCAGGUUGCAGAGAUCCUUCUUCCGGCGAGGCCACACCAACCCAAACUGCUCCCCUAAAAGCCCAGAAGAAGCUGCUUAGCCCUGCACACUGCCCGCCAGCAGGUGUCCACAGAGGGAGCUGGUACCAGCUUCCCACUCUCACUUGCAUUAGCGUAAUUAAACUUAAUGGCUUUUUGGAGUGCUUCUGCUCCAGGAGCAGAGGCAGGACCCUGUUCUCUGCAGCUUUGUUGUGGGUGGUGUCCCAGUGCCCUGUUCUCGAGCCCACAGAAGCCCCAGGAAGGUGUGUAGCGUGUGCUCUGGAACCCAUCCUGCACAGCAAACUCCUCCCCCACAUAUUGCCCCUCUGCUCUGAGCCCCCCAGCUUCUGCCCCUCUGUCAACUUCUGUCCCCCAGCUUCUGCCCCUCUGCCCUGAGCCCCCCCCCCCUUCUGCCCCUUGUGGCACCCAUGCAGGGACAAUCCUGGGGACAUCCCCACAUUGCAAGUCUGCAGAACCCCUCUGCCUCUGUGUGGCAGCUCCUCACGGGCAGGGAUUAAGGUGUUUUAGCCUCUGGGAGUCAACCACAGCCAGCUGUGCCUGUAUGGACACCUUGGACAAACGGACACAUGCAUCCAUCCCCUACACAUACCUUUAUCCCCUGAACAGACACCUGCCCAUGACCUCACUAGUUGAGCCUGAACACCUACCAGCUCUCAGAAUCACCAUGCAGUCCCCCAAAUUACUCCCUUUCCACUCUAUAUCCUUUAUAUCCCAGCAGCACCCAGGUGUCCCUGUGUCCCUGAUCUCUGUUCCCUCCAGGGACAGUCAGGGGGACAUGUACAUGCCCCAUUGUGACAGCACAGACACAAAGAUGGAAGGACAUGGGCAACCUGUGGCAGUGCCCAUCUCUCCAGCCAUACCCACCCCACAUCUCCGGGGUGCAGAGAGCACCCUGGACCCACGGAGUGGGCUGACAUCUCCCCUCAUCCAGGGUGAGCCCUGUUGACCCUCCUGCUGGAGAGGCACCCUUAGCUCCCUCUCCCACAAUGUAGGGUACAGAGCUAACACACCAAAGCCCACCUUUCCCUUCCCAUACGCCCUCCCCAGUCAUCAGGACCCACUCAGCACCCACUGUGGGUCCCCACUACAGGGUAGGCAGAGAUGGGCAUGAUGCAAGUAGUCCCCCACCUUCCAAACAAGUGAGGGGCAGGCAGAGGCAGCUGGGGACCAUGCAGGGGGCCUGGCACCAGGCAUCAGUCGUUACCUCAUACACUAUCCCAGUAUGAGACGGGGGGCUCCCAGCACCACAAGAGCAGCCAGCAGGAUACACUCCCAGGAGAAACCCCACAGCCAUCCGGCACUGACUGACACUGGCUGUGUGGUGCCCCAGGGGGAGUCAGGAUGGGGGGUGUAUGAGUAUGCAUCCACACGCAGGGAAUGAGUAAGAAUCUAAUCAGAGUCCUUUUCCUUAAUAAAUCAUUCGUCUUAAUCCAA